CUUCUUCUUCCUCUUCUACUUCUUCUUCCUCUCCGCCACCUACCAAUUGCAGCUCUUUGUUCUUGCGCUAGGUCAGUUAGGCAAGCGAGCACAUUAUAAAAGGCCCAUGGCAGCCAGCAUUGGCCACCAGUUUCCUUGAAGUGGUCGGCGUGUCAAGACUGAGCCACUCAGCCACAACCACCAACUCCAAACCACACACAACAUUUGUGCCAAGUCUCAAAGCAGCAUCGCUUGUGUUACCAUUCGCCAUCUAAGUUAACCGUUUUUUGUGCCGGAUUAAAGUGAGCUGCUCGCGAAGAACCAAAUCUCUCGUACAGAAGCGGCAGUUGCCAUCAGCAUAAUGUUCAUCUUUGCGCUUGUCUGCCUGCUGGCAGUGGGCAGCCAGGCGAAGCCACUGCAGCAAGUCGUGGAACCGGCCCAGCAUAUUGUCAUUGUGACGCCUCAGGCGCAGGUGCACCUGGAGCCAGCGGUGCGCUACGUGCACGGCUUGUCCCCAUUGGCGCGCGUCUCGGGGCCUCAUCAUGAGGAGACCAUUGUCUAUGUGCCAGCUGGAGCUGCAGCCUCUGUGGUGCCCACUCUGGGCGAUGCCGCGUCCACUGGCCGUGCCAGCAGCCGCAGUCCAGCACAGGAGACCAGGCAGACUGAGGGCUUCCCGAGUGUCAAUCAAAUCCAGCAGCAGGUGCAGCAGGGCGUUGAGAUCGUAGGCGGACAGUUGGGCGAGGCUGCUGAAUCAGCAGCUGCUGCCGGCGCUGGCUUCUUCCCCGGCUUCUUCCCCAGCCCGGGCAACAAAAACGAAGAGUUGCAGAAGCUGAAGAACGAGAAGAUCGAACUGAUUGAAACUCCGGCCAAUACCCAACCACUGCUGGCUGCCACCGAGGCGCGUCACUUCUACAGUCUGCCUCAGGUGUAUCACACGCCCGUGGUCGAUGUGGUGCAUACCCCUGUCUACUCGUGGCCCAUCUCAGCUAUACGGGCACGCAGCAUUCAAACCGAUGAGGCCCCCAUCCAGGCCACUGAGGAGAAGACAUGGCCAGACCUACCAGAGCCUCAGCCACUGCUCAAGGAGCAGAAGCAGCCAGAGCAAUCGGAACAGCCAUUGGAUCAGCUGGCACAGACCAUCAUUCCUGCAGCCGUCGAGGCCAGUGAAUUGAAGGCAGAGAUUGCGCCACGUCAGCUGGAAGAGAGCAAUGCUAUCAAGGUGGAGCAACAAAGUGAAGAAAAUAUUAAGCCAACUCUUAAGGACGCGCUUCAGGAAACCAAAGCCGGCUUCGCCGAGCCAGCCAUCAAGGAAGCCCCCAAGGAGGCCGAGAAGGAAAGCAUACCGGAAGCCAUCCCAGAGGCCAAGAAGGAAGCCCAACCCGAAGCAAGAAAGGAAGUCGUCCAGGAGGCCAGGAAAGAGGCCAGCCAGGAACCCAGUUUCGAGGCUCGCAAGGAGUCCAGUAACGAGAAUAACGAGGAGAUCAAAGCACCCAUUCUGAAGUCCGAUGAGGGUAGCUUAAAGGAGCUAAUUAAGGAGACCAACCAGGAGCUCAUCAAAGAGGCCAUCAAGGAGCCCCUCAAGGAGACCAUCAAGGAGCUCAUCAAGGAGGAAAUCAAGGAAGAAAUUCCUUUGCUCAAGGCCGCAGCCCUUCCCGUUGCCGCUGCCAUAUCCGCUGAGGCCCAGCAGCAAGCGGAGGCACAGCCUGAGGCUCAGCCAGCCGCCAUCGAACAAGGGACACCAGCAGCAGCAGCAACAGCAGCUUAGGUAGCCACAGCCAUGAGAUCAAUUCACAUCGCAUCAAACCACAUCGAAUCGCAUCACACACACAUAGAGACACAUACACACACUCAUACACAGAUAUUCUAUAUGGGCAACUUUGGUAUUCUACAACUCGAUCUGUUCCGUGUCUAGGCUCUGCGCCAGGCCGUGGGUUAAUACAUUUAGUUACUAACACAGUCACAGCGAAUCAAUUUCCGACUUUCAGCAACAAUUAAUAAAAGGCAACAACAACAACAACAAAAGUAUAAUACAAAUAAAAUAAAAUAUAUAUGAAAACAAACAUCUAAAUGCAUAUACGUUCAUUCAUAGCUAACAACAUCUAGAACACGUUCAUAAUCAUCAUUCAUCAUCAUUCAUUCAUUCAUUCAUUCAUAUUCAUAACCAUAACAAAUGAAAAAUGUA